AUGGAGGAAUGCCCUUCCUUAAUGAAUGUUAGCUCGCAUCAGACUAAGCCAAUUGCACGAAACAAUGAGCAGAGUCAGUCAAUUCCAUCAUUUCAAGAGCCGAAUACCAACGAUCUUUCAAAUAAUCCCUUUGGCUCUGAAAGCCCAUCACCUGAUCCAGCUACUUUCAUUGAUCCAUUCUCACGGAAACCAGCCUUGAUGUCGCCAUCAUCCUUCACCGUUUCAGACUCUCCAAGCAUCUGCAAUGAUGGAAAAGCCUCUGCUAAAUCUCAGUAG